CGGUGCACCCUGGGAGCUGUCACUAGGCCCUUCGGCUCCCGGCCUCCGUGUCGCCGCCGCGGUUGCCAGGAGAGCGGCGCCGGCGGGGAGCGGCCGAGCCCACGGCAGGUAAUGAUUUUCCAUGACUUUGGAACUGGUCUCUAGUGGGACGCUGUGGGAGGAUGAACACAGAAGAGCUGGAGUUACUGAGUGACUCCAAGUACCGCAACUACGUGGCUGCCGUGGACAAAGCACUGAAGAGCUUCGAGUACUCCAGUGAGUGGGCAGAUCUGAUAUCAGCCCUGGGAAAACUUAACAAGGUUUUACAAAAUAAUGCGAAGUACCAGGUAGUGCCCAAGAAGCUGACCAUAGGCAAGCGCCUGGCCCAGUGCCUGCACCCAGCACUGCCGGGCGGGGUGCACCGGAAGGCACUCGAAACCUAUGAGAUUAUCUUCAAGAUCAUCGGACCUAAGCGACUUGCCAAAGACCUUUUUUUAUAUAGUUCUGGAUUAUUUCCUCUUCUUGCAAAUGCUGCCAUGUCUGUGAAACCAACCCUGCUCAGUCUGUAUGAGAUGUAUUACCUGCCCCUGGGUAAAACCCUAAAGCCUGGUCUGCAGGGGCUGCUAACUGGUAUUCUUCCUGGCUUAGAAGAAGGAUCAGAGUACUACGAGAGAACAAACACCUUGUUGGAAAAGGUGGCCGCCGCAGUGGACCAGUCGGCGUUCUACAGCGCCCUGUGGGGCAGCCUCCUCACCAGCCCCGCCGUGCGCUUGCCUGGGAUCACCUACGUCCUUGCACAUUUGAACAGGAAGCUUUCUAUGGAAGACCAGCUGUAUAUAAUUGGGAGUGAUAUUGAGCUAAUGGUGGAGGCAGUGAGCACUGCGGUGCAGGACUCAAGUGUCCUGGUGCAGAGGAGCACGCUGGACCUCAUCCUGUUCUGCUUCCCCUUCCACAUGAGUCAGGCGACCCGCCCAGACAUGAUCAGGAUCUUGUCCGCAGCCCUUCACGUAGUGUUGAGAAGAGACAUGUCCCUAAACCGGAGACUUUACGCCUGGCUUCUCGGUUUUGAUAACAACGGGGCUAUCACAGGACCCAGAAGCACAAGACACAGUAAUCCGGAAGAACACGCCACUUACUAUUUCACUACCUUUUCAAAAGAGUUAUUGGUCCAGGCAAUGGUAGGAAUCUUACAAGUGAAUGGAUUUGGAGAAGAGAGUACUCUAAUGCAAGAUCUAAAACCCUUUCGUAUUUUAAUCAGCUUACUGGACAAACCUGAGCUAGGGCCUGUGAUUCUGGAAGAUGUCCUGAUUGAGGUGUUUAGAACAUUAUAUUCUCAAUGCAAAGCAGAACUGGAUCUUCAAAUGGACCGCCCCUUCAGUAAGGAUCACGCUCAGUUAAGCAGUAAAUUAAGGGAAAAUAAGAAAACAGCAGAGCUGAUUAAAACUGCCAACCUUCUCUUUAAUUCCUUUGAGCCUUAUUAUAUGUGGGAUUACGUUGCACGCUGGUUUGAAGAAUGUUGUAGGAGGACCCUGCAUGCCAGACUCCAGACUGGGCCUGGGGACAGCAGCGAGCCAUCUGAGUCACAGCUGGCCAGCUUCUGCUCACUGGUGGGCUUUGUGUUGGAUAUAGUUUCUCUGGAGACUUACAUUGAAAUCCAGACAGAACACUUGCCGCAGCUGCUGCUCAGGAUGAUCUCUGCCCUGACGAGCCACCUCCAGACCCUGCACCUGUCUGAGCUCACGGACUCGCUCAGACUCUGCUCCAAAAUCCUCAGCAAGGUCCAGCCACCGCUGCUGUCUGCUGGCACGGGAGGCGCUCUGCACCUGCCAGGAGGGCAGAGCAGCACAGUGAAAGAGUGGGAAGACAGAAAGGUAUCAUCAAUUUCUCUUGAAAAUCCUGCUGAGGUGUUUGAUGAUGGAGAAAAUCCACCCAGCAGUCGCUCCUCAGAGAGUGGGUUCACUGAGUUCAUCCAGUACCAGGCAGACCGGACGGAUGGCAUCGACCGGGAGCUGAGUGAGGGGCCGGGCGCAGCUCCCAUCCCAGUGGGCAGCACGUCCUCUGAGACGGAGACCGCCUCCACAGUGGGGUCGGAGGAGACAGUCAUCCAGCCCCCUUCGCUUAUCCCACAGGCAGUAGCAGCGCAUGGCGGAAAGGCGGCCCAGAAGACGGCCAUGCAGUGCUGCCUGGAGUAUGCCCAGCAGUUCCUGGGCAGGCUCAUCAACCUGUACGUGGUCCAGGGCAGCGGCUUCUCACAGGCCCUGGCUUCAGAGCAGGAAGGGGGUCUGGGCCGAGAACAAGGGGAGACUUCAGAAUGGGACAGGGACUCACAAGGAGAUGUCAAGGACAGAAAUCUAAGGAGACAAAAACCUUCCAAAGAGUACCUGUCAGCCUUCCUUGCCGCCUGUCAGCUCUUCCUGGAGUGCUCCAGCUUCCCAGUCUACAUUGCUGAGGGGAGCCACACGGCAGAGUUACGUUCUGAAAAACUGGAGAACGACUGUGAGCGUGAGCAGCCUCCGCAGUGGCUCCAGACUCUGAUGGACGCCUGCAGCCAAGCUCGCGACUUCACUGUCCAGAGUGUUGCCAUCUCUCUGGUCAUGGACCUGGUGGGCCUGACGCAGUCUGUAGCCGUGGUCACUGGGGACAACAUCAACAGUGUGGAGCCUGCACAGCCCUUAAGUCCAAACCAGGGAAGAGUAGCCGUGGUUAUCAGACCUCCCCUCACUCAGGGAAAUCUGAGGUACAUAGCUGAGAAGACUGAGUUUUUCAAGCAUGUAGCUUUGACAUUGUGGGAGCAGCUGGGAGAUGGGACACCUCAGCACCACCAGAAGAGUGUGGAGCUGUUUUAUCAGUUACACAAUCUGGUUCCUUCUUCCAGCAUCUGUGAGGACGUGAUAAGUCAGCAGUUAACCCAUAAAGACAAGAAAAUAAGGUUGGAUGCACAUGCGAAGUUUGCAGUUCUUUGGCAUCUAACAAGGGAUCUUCAUAUAAAUAAGUCUUCAUCUUUCGCACGAUCUUUUGACAGGUCACUGUUCAUCAUGCUAGACAGCCUCAACAGCCUCGACGGCUCUGCCAGCUCCGUGGGACAGGCCUGGCUGAACCAGGUCCUGCAGAGACACGACAUUGCCAGGGUUCUGGAGCCACUGCUGCUGCUCCUGCUUCACCCAAAGACACAGAGGGUUUCUGUGCAGCGUGUACAAGCAGAGCGCUGUUGGAAUAAGGCUCCUUGUCACCCAGGAGGGGAGAGUGACAAGCACAGCAUGCACGACUUUGCCUGCAGUGGUGUAAGCCAAGUACACCUCAUCACAUCUAAGGGAAACGGUGAGAAGCCGCUGACCAUGGAGGAGAUGGAGACCUUCAGCCUCACGGUCAACCCUCUCAGCGACAGACUCUCCCUCCUGAGCACCAGCAGCGAGACGAUUCCCAUGGUCAUGUCUGACUUUGAUCUUCCAGACCAGCAGGUGGAAACCCUUCAGAGUUCCGACUCAGGGUGUUCACAGUCCUCUGCUGGGGACAACUUGAGUUAUGAAGUCGAUCCCGAAAACGGGGAUGCCCAGGAGGAGCCUCCAGUGCCAAAGGCCAGCUCCCCGGAGGACGACAUCCAGCAGGUGCUACACGACCUGAUCUGUAAGGUGGUGAGUGGCCUUGAAGAAGAGUCUGCCUCAGUGACGUGUCAGGCAGAGGCAGAAGCCGUGCCCCCGCAGUGCAGUGGUACAGAUCCAGGGGAAGAGGGGAUGAAAACCGAAGACCCUUCUGCUCAGCAGGGUCACAGUGCUUUGCUGGGUAGUGAGAGCUCUGACUGUCUGUCUGCCUCGGCGGAGGAAGAGCAGGCGUGCCUGGCUGACGGAGUCCCCAGGAAUAGCUCCUCACCUUGUAUUUCAGGAGCCACACAGCCUCUUCCUGACACUUCUGCUGCUUCCACAGAAACUAAAUCUAGACAGAGGAGUCACAGCAGCAUCCAAUUCAGCUUUAAAGAAAAAUUAUCAGAAAAAGUCUCAGAGAAAGAAACAAUCGUUAAGGAGUCAGGUAAACAACCAGGAGCAAAACCUAAAGUGAAACUUGCCAGAAAGAAGGAUGAUGACAAGAAAAAAACUUCAAACGAAAAACUCAAACAGACCAGUGUGUUCUUCAGUGAUGGUCUGGAUUUAGAGAACUGGUAUAGCUGUGGAGAGGGAGAGAUUUCUGAAAUUGAGAGUGACAUGGGUUCUCCAGGAUCACGGAAAUCUCCCAAUUUCAACAUCCAUCCUCUCUAUCAACACGUGCUCCUGUAUCUCCAGCUGUACGAUUCAUCCAGAACUCUGUACGCUUUCUCGGCCAUCAAGGCCAUCUUGAAGACUAACCCCAUUGCUUUUGUAAACGCCAUUUCAACCACUAGUGUGAAUAACGCGUAUACUCCUCAGCUGUCCCUGCUUCAGAACCUGCUGGCCCGACACCGGAUCUCUGUAAUGGGCAAAGACUUUUACAGCCACAUUCCAGUGGACUCCAACCAUAGCUUCCGGAGCUCCAUGUACAUAGAGAUCCUCAUCUCCCUCUGUCUGUACUACAUGCGCAGCCACUACCCCACGCAUGUCAAGGCCACUGCCCAAGACCUGAUGGGCAAUCGGAACAUGCAGGUGAUGAGCAUGGAGGUCCUGACGCUGCUCUUCACUGAGCUGGCGAAGGUGAUAGAGAGCUCAGCAAAGGGCUUCCCUAGUUUUAUUUCUGACAUGUUGUCCAAGUGCAAAGUCCAGAAGGUGGUUCUACACUGCCUGCUCUCGUCCAUCUUCAGUGCCCAGAAGUGGCACAGUGAGAAGCUGGCAGGCAGGAACACGGCCGCUGUGGAAGAGGGCUUUUCAGAGGACAGCCUCAUUAACUUCUCAGAGGACGAGUUUGACAGUGGCAGCACGCUGCAGUCACAGCUGCUCAGGGUGCUUCAGAGGCUGAUUGUUCUGGAACACCGGGUGAUGACUAUUCCUGAAGAGAACGAAGCAGCUUUUGAUUUUGUUGUGUCUGACCUGGAACACAUCAGUCCCCAUCAGCCCAUGACUUCCCUGCAGUACCUGCAUGCUCAGCCAAUCGCGUGCCAAGGCAUGUUCCUCUGUGCGGUGAUCCGGGCCCUGCACCAGCACUGUGCAUGCAGAAUGCACCCACAGUGGAUCGGCCUGGUCACAUCCACUCUGCCCUACAUGGGCAGGGUGCUGCAGAGAGUGGUCGUCUCCGUGACACUGCAGCUGUGCAGAAACCUGGAGAACCUGAUCCAGCAGUAUAAGUAUGAAACGGGAUUGUCGGACAGUAGGCCUCUGUGGAUGGCAUCCAUUAUCCCACCAGAUAUGAUUCUCACUCUUCUGGAAGGGAUCACCGCCAUUAUCCAUUACUGCUUGCUGGAUCCUGCUACACAGUAUCACCAGCUUUUGGUCAACAUCGACCAGAAGCACUUAUUUGAAGCACGCAGCGGGAUCCUCUCCAUCCUCCACCUGAUCAUGUCGUCCGUGACGCUCCUCUGGAGUGUGCUGCACCAGGCCGAUUCUUCAGAAAAGACGGCUGCUGCUGCGUCUGCGUCUGUCACCACGAUUAACCUCGGAGCCACGAAGAACUUAAGGCAGCAGAUCCUCGAAUUAUUAGGCCCCAUUUCAAUGAAUCACGGUGUCCACUUUAUGGCUGCUAUUGCAUUUGUGUGGAAUGAGAGAAGACAGAAUAAAACUGCUCCCCGGACCAAGGUCAUCCCUGCAGCCAGCACUGAGCAGCUCCUGCUGGUGGAGCUGGUCCGGGCCAUCAGUGUCAUGAGAGCAGAGACUGUCAUCCAGACGGUGAAGGAGGUCCUGAAGCAGCCCCCGGCCAUCGCCAAGGACAAGAAACAUCUUUCUUUGGAAGUCUGCAUGCUUCAGUUUUUCUAUGCUUAUAUUCAAAGAAUCCCAGUGCCCAACCUCGUGGACAGCUGGGCCUCUCUGCUGGUGCUUCUGAAAGACUCUGUACAGCUGAGUCUUCCAGCCCCAGGGCAAUUUCUGAUACUUGGAGUUCUGAAUGAAUUUAUUAUGAAAAACCCUAGCUUGGAAAAUAAAAAAGACCAAAGGGACCUUCAGGACGUGACUCACAAAGUAGUAGAUGCGAUCGGGGCAAUCGCUGGCUCCUCUCUGGAGCAGACGACGUGGCUGCGACGGAACCUGGAAGUUAAGCCUUCUCCCAAAAUAAUGGUUGAUGGAACCAAUUUGGAAUCUGAUGUUGAAGAUGUGCUGUCGCCUGCGAUAGAGACCUCAAACAUAACCCCCUCUGUGUACAGCGUCCACGCACUGACACUACUCGCAGAGGUUCUGGCCCACCUGCUGGACAUGGUUUUCUACAGUGAUGAGAAGGAGAGGGUCAUCCCUCUCCUGGUGAACAUCAUGCACUACGUCGUGCCCUACCUCCGAAACCACAGCGCACACAACGCCCCCAGUUACCGGGCCUGCGUCCAGCUGCUCAGCAGUCUCAGUGGGUACCAGUACACACGGAGAGCGUGGAAGAAGGAAGCCUUUGACCUCUUCAUGGACCCCAGCUUCUUCCAGAUGGACGCUUCCUGUGUCAGUCAUUGGAGAGCAAUCAUGGACAAUCUGAUGACACAUGAUAAAACCACGUUUAGAGACUUGAUGACCCGAGUAGCCGUGGCUCAAAGCAGUUCACUUAAUCUCUUUGCAAACCGUGAGGUGGAGCUGGAGCAGAGAGCCAUGCUUCUCAAAAGAUUAGCAUUCGCUAUCUUUAGCAGUGAAAUUGACCAGUAUCAGAAGUACCUUCCUGACAUACAAGAGAGGCUGGUGGAGAGCCUGCGGCUGCCGCAGGUACCAACACUGCACUCUCAGGUGUUCCUGUUCUUCAGAGUGCUGCUUCUCAGAAUGUCCCCGCAGCAUCUCACCUCGCUCUGGCCUACCAUGAUCACAGAACUUGUCCAGGUCUUUUUACUGAUGGAGCAGGAGCUCACUGCUGAUGAAGACAUAUCGCGGACCUCAGGCCCCUCCGUGGCUGGUCUGGAGACGACCUACACAGGUGGCAACGGCUUCUCCACAUCGUACAACAGCCAGCGGUGGCUAAACCUCUAUCUCUCUGCUUGCAAAUUUUUGGAUUUGGCUCUGGCAUUGCCCUCUGAAAAUCUUCCUCAGUUUCAGAUACUAGAGCAUCUGAUCCUAACAGCUUCCUUUUGUUUUCUGCAGAAAAACCCAGAGGAGGACAACUCGGGGAGGGCGCUGGGCUGGGCGCCAGGGCGCCUGCUGCUCACCGCGGGCUCCGUGCGCAGCGUCGAGCAGCUGCUGCCCUUCUUCAGUGCGCUGAGCCAGGUCUUCAGCAGCAGAGUCCCCGGCCGCUGCGGAGGACACUCAGGGAGCCCCGUCCUCUACUCAAACAUCUUCCCUAACAAGGACAUGAAACUGGAGAACCAGAAACCAUUUUCCAGCAAAGCCAGGCAAAAAAUAGAAGAGAUGGUAGAAAAGGAUUUUCUGGAAGGAAUGAUAAAAACUUGAGCACCACCAGUGGUUCCAUUUAGCGCAACUGUGGUUAUUUAAAACAAACACACUGCUCUGAGUUGUACAGUUCCUUUUUUUUUUUUUUUUUUUGUAUGUAACAAAACACACUUCAGGUUGUAUUUAAUUUAAAUAAUUUGUAAAUAAGAGCAAAUGUCUGGAUGUGGCCUGAAUCAAGUUUAAAUAUUGUAGGCUCAUAU